ACGCUCACACAUAAACACAAACGCACUAUGAUUAACAUUUGACCUUUUUGGCCACGACAAUAUUUAAUAACUGAAAUUCUAAGUUUCAAUCAUAAAUUCCAAUCUGUGGUCCAGUCAGUAGCAGACACAAAAUGUCGGUGUGGAUUUGUUUCAGUCUUUUCGUGUUGGCUACUCAGAGCUUUGAGAUUAAUGAUCAUCACUUGUCAGAUGUGGACAUAGAGUUUCUACACAGCUUACCGAGUGUAAGAGCAGGGGCUCGCCUCCCUGGCUUCAAGUAUCUGUACCUCGAGCCCGGAAGUCAUCUGACCACUGUUCUAAAUCACAACCACAGCCAGCUGGAGAUUGCGGGUUCACCUCGCACUUCCCAGCAUGCCCUUGAUGUGGCAGCAGACAUAAUUGUAAAGAUGACCAGACACAUGCCGCCCAGUAUGUUCCAGACUUUGACCAAAGGGAAAGUUGGGCUCUUUACAGCUGUGGAAAAAAUGACCAUCUACCCAGAAUACACUCACAUCGCUAAUGGGAAUUGUGGGACGUCAUGCGCAGGCAACUGUUCUCACACAUGCGCAGCUGAUGGAAGAAAAUAUGAAAGUAUCAUGGGUCUGACUAAUUCCAGAUCCGUUGUUCUAGACGACAUAGUCCUGUGUUCAGCACACGAUCCAUACCAUCACGUGGACAACGUGCUGGUCCAUGAGUUUGGACACCUGGUCCACUUCUACGCCACCACACCCGCCAUCAAGACGCAGAUCUUGAGCGCCUACAACACCUCCAAGCUGCACGCCACCUGGCCGCUCAACACUUACGGUAUGAGAAACGCGCAUGAAUACUGGGCCACGGCCACGCAGAUCUUCUUCGGGGCUCUCCACGUGAAGGGGGGCAUGAACCAGUGCGGUGCUACCUUCUGCAACGGAUUUCAGCAGUCCAGGGAUCACCUCAGGUCACUAGACCCAGCCGUGUUCAACAUCUUGUCACAUGUAUACACCAAUAAUAACCCGUCUUUAAACCCAGGCUUUUCCAUCUGCCCAGCUGGUACUGUGGUAGUUGGUUAGCAAAGCAACAUAUCUCUUGUGUUUUACGCGUAAUAAAUAGUCGUCAAUGUCAAGGUUGUUUUAAUUGUAGAACCUAUAAAAAGAAUAUUUACACGUAAUAAACAGUCGUCAAUGUCAAGGUUGUUUUAAUUGUAGAACCAAUAAAAAGAAUAUUUACACGUAAUAAACAGUCGUCAAUGUCAAGGUUGUUUUAAUUGUAGAACCAAUAAAAAGAAUAUUUACACGUAAUAAA